AUGCCAUCAAGAACCAACAAGCGCGGCCGCGACCGUCGUCCGAGUCCCCCGCCCUCGCCUUCGCAGCCCGCUGGCCCGAAACCCCCCACCGAUGCGGAGCUGUACCGCUUCAAGCAGACGCAGGAGCACAUCCGGACGACCCUGAAGCUCCGGUACUGGGAGGUCCCCGCCACCGUUCCGUCCGUUGCUGGUGGUUCGUCCGUGGCCGGUUCGUCUGUGGCCGGUUCGUCUCCGCCGCCACAGCCCGCUGCACCGCAGCCAUACGCGCCGCUCCCGCCUGCUACCGAUCCUAGAUGGAACAUCUGGACGGUUGGUAACCUCGACGGGACUGGGACUGGGAAGGGGGUGACAGUCCCAGUGCUGAUCGAGGUGCUGAAGCGGGCCGAGGUCGCCCUUGGUAUCCCGGUGAGGGGUAGGAGGAAGGAUGCCAGGGCGGCGUUGGUCGCGGAGGUGGCCGAGAAGAGGGAGGAGUGUGAGAGGAGGGGGGGUCUCAAGCCUACGGGCUGGGAGACGGAGAAGAUGUGGUGGUUUUGGUUGUGGAGGGAGAGUGGGGGGUUGGAGUGUUCCGAGAUGCACACGGAGGGGGUGUCGGACGCGGAGAAGGCGGCGGCGAAGAAGGGGACGAAGCGCGCAAGAGAGGAGGAGGAGGACGAGGACGAGGACCAAGAGUCGGUCGGUGCUACGAAGCCUGACAGGAGGCGGCGUAGGGUCGAGAAGAAAGAGGAGGAGUUGGCGGAGGUGGACCUGGCCGCGGAGCUGGAUGCCGCUUUGGCGGAGAUAUCCGAAGAGGAAGAUGACUUCGACGCUCUCAUCGGUGAGCUGGACGCCGCAUUGGAAGAGAUGGACCCAGCCGAGGAUGACGAUCCGUGGGAUCCGACCGGUGAGAUAGAUGCCGCAUUGGCACUUCUAUCAGGGUCCGGCAAUGCGCCGGCCACGAUUGAGAGCGUCGAGUCACCCCUCGACGAUACCCAUACCAAUUGGGACGGCCUGUUCGGGGACGAGGAUGCGCCACCAGAGGGUUUGGAGUCCUCGGAGUUGAUCUUCGGAGACGACUAA